UCUUUACCAGCAUCGAAUACCGCUCUACCACCGGAAAGUGUUAACGGCAAUGCCAUAAAACAACAAAAAUACAUUGGUAGUGGCGAACCUCAGGCAGCAGCAGGAAAUGAUAUUAAAUCAUCAACGACAGGAGGUCACCCGGUGCCACGUUCCGACGACAACGAUGGUGGUGACCAUAAUGAUCAUGGUGAUGAUGAUGGCGGUCAUACUGGGGGCCAUGAACGUUAUCCAUUGGCUCAGGUUGAAUUCGAUAGAGUGAAGACACCAUUCAUUAUUGGUGUAUGGAUAUUGUCGGCCAGUAUAGCAAAGAUUGGUUUCCAUAUGACACCAAAAUUACAUCUGAUCUUUCCUGAAUCCUGUCUGCUGAUUGUUGUCGGUGUUGUCAUUGGUGUUGUGCUCUUCUUUUGUACCGAUGUAGCCGUCUCACCUCUAACACCCAACACCUUCUUCUUCUAUAUGUUGCCACCGAUUAUAUUGGAUGCGGGUUAUUUUAUGCCGAAUCGAUUAUUUUUCGAUAAUUUGGGUACAAUUCUGUUGAUGGCUGUGGUCGGUACCAUUUUCAAUAUUGCCACCAUUGAGGCUGUUAAUUCGUUAACGGAGACUGUUAAUAUGUUAACAGAGGCUGUUAAUAUAUUAACAGAGGCCGUUAAUAUGUUAAAAGAGACUGUUAAUAUGCUAAGAGAGGCUGUUAAUAUGUUAACAGAGACUGUUAUUAUUUUAACAGAUGCUUUUAAUAUGUUAACAGAGGCCGUUAAUAUGUUAACAGAGACCGUUAAUAUGUUAACAGAGACCGUUAAUAUUUUAAAAGAGGUUGUUGAUAUGUUAACAGAGACUGUCAAUAUAUUAACAGAGGAUGUCAAUAUG